UCCUGUUUCUGGAUCUGGGCGGGUGCAGGGAAAGGAAAUCGCUGCAGGAGCCGCAUCCUGCCUGCGCUAGCGGCUCCAGAGGUGGAGGCAGAGAGGGCGGAGAAGGCAGAGAGGGUGCCGCAGAGAGAAAAGUGUCAAAGCCAGUACGGCUUUAGAACACGGUGAAGGAUACUUUUCAUGGUGCAGGGAAGGAAAGCCAAUGCGCAGGUGUACCAACAUUCGACCAGGAGAGACUGGAAUGGAUGUAACAAGCCGCUGCACCCUUGGAGACCCCAACAAGCUGCCAGAAGGGGUUCCCCAACCUGCUCGCAUGCCCUAUAUUUCAGACAAGCACCCUCGGCAAACCUUGGAAGUGAUCAACCUUCUGAGAAAGCACCGGGAGCUAUGUGAUGUGGUGCUAGUUGUGGGCGCUAAGAAGAUAUAUGCCCACCGCGUCAUCCUGUCAGCCUGCAGCCCCUACUUCCGAGCAAUGUUUACAGGGGAGCUGGCAGAAAGCCGGCAGACAGAAGUAGUGAUCCGAGACAUAGAUGAGAGGGCCAUGGAGCUCCUGAUUGACUUUGCAUAUACCUCCCAGAUCACUGUGGAAGAGGGCAAUGUUCAGACUCUCUUGCCUGCUGCUUGCCUCCUCCAGCUGGCAGAAAUACAGGAAGCCUGCUGUGAAUUCUUAAAGAGACAAUUAGAUCCUUCUAAUUGUCUGGGCAUUCGGGCUUUUGCUGACACACAUUCUUGCCGUGAGUUGCUAAGGAUUGCAGACAAGUUCACCCAACAUAACUUUCAAGAGGUAAUGGAGAGUGAAGAAUUCAUGUUACUUCCGGCCAACCAACUCAUUGACAUAAUAUCUAGUGAUGAGCUCAAUGUUCGGAGUGAAGAACAAGUGUUCAAUGCAGUGAUGGCCUGGGUCAAAUACAGUAUUCAGGAAAGACGGCCUCAGUUACCCCAGGUGCUGCAACAUGUUCGCCUGCCUUUGCUUAGUCCCAAGUUCCUGGUGGGCACCGUAGGCUCUGACCCCCUCAUUAAAAGUGAUGAAGAAUGCAGGUAUGAGAGGGUGAGAAAGACCAGCAACUAAGCAUUCCUGAGUUCUGCUACUCUGCUUACUGAGACUUGGUAGAUGAGGCUAAAAACUACCUCCUGUUGCCUCAAGAACGACCACUAAUGCAAGGGCCAAGGACAAGACCACGGAAACCUAUCCGAUGCGGAGAAGUACUCUUUGCAGUUGGUGGUUGGUGCAGUGGAGAUGCCAUUUCCAGUGUUGAACGCUAUGACCCCCAGACCAAUGAGUGGCGAAUGGUAGCUUCAAUGAGCAAAAGGCGAUGUGGAGUCGGGGUCAGUGUUCUUGAUGACCUGUUAUAUGCAGUAGGCGGCCAUGAUGGAUCCUCAUAUCUCAAUAGUGUUGAAAGAUAUGACCCCAAAACUAACCAAUGGAGCAGCGAUGUGGCCCCUACAAGCACCUGCAGGACAAGCGUUGGUGUGGCAGUCCUUGGAGGUUUUCUCUAUGCUGUGGGUGGACAGGAUGGUGUCUCUUGCCUCAAUAUAGUUGAGAGGUAUGAUCCAAAGGAGAACAAGUGGACCCGGGUGGCUUCAAUGAGCACUAGAAGGCUAGGGGUGGCUGUCGCCGUGUUGGGAGGGUUCUUAUACGCUGUUGGUGGCUCAGAUGGAACAUCUCCACUUAACACAGUGGAGCGCUACAAUCCUCAGGAAAACAGAUGGCACACCAUAGCGCCUAUGGGGACCCGAAGAAAACACCUAGGCUGUGCGGUGUACCAGGACAUGAUCUAUGCAGUGGGAGGGAGAGACGACACUACAGAGCUUAGCAGUGCUGAGAGAUACAACCCCAGAACUAACCAGUGGUCUCCCGUGGUGGCCAUGACAUCCCGCAGGAGUGGAGUCGGCCUGGCCGUGGUCAAUGGACAGCUUAUGGCAGUGGGGGGCUUUGAUGGCACAACAUACUUGAAGACCAUUGAAGUUUUUGACCCAGAUGCCAAUACGUGGAGGUUAUACGGAGGGAUGAAUUACCGUCGGCUAGGAGGUGGUGUAGGAGUUAUUAAAAUGACACAUUGUGAAUCCCAUAUAUGGUGAACACAGGAAAAAAAUCUUGCAUAUGCUCCUUUAUAUUUGGAAGAGCCUUGACUUCGAAGCUUUGUACAGCUGGAGAAAACAAUAGAACAAAUUUUAUUCUUUGCCGGUGCCUCAACAUUCAGAAAUACCCGUCUAAGGACGGAGCUCACCUGCAAAACGCCGCCUUUGCACAAUGCCUUUCCGCUCUGUGCAGAAGAGUAUUUAUUUUUGGCUUUAAUUUAUCAUGGAGUUUUGAUGGGGAUUUUUGUUUUUGUUUUGUUGGUUUGGGUCCUUUGGGCUUUUGUUGUUGUUAUUGUUGUGUUGUUUUUAAUUUUUUUUUUUUAACUUAUCCUUCCUACCAUGAAAAAAAAGGAGGGGGGAAAAAGGCAAAAAUUCCAAGCUGCAAAAUUUUCUUUGCUUUAUAGGUUUUGGAUUGGUUUUAAAGAUCCUGGUAAGCGCAGAAGACCUAUGUGUGACCUGAUGUUAUUCCUUUUAGACAUAUCUAUACAUCUGCAGAGAUUGCCAGUGAUGAAGGUAAAACGCUAGUAUAUGCGCUCGUUACCACUUUGCACUAAAUAGUAGAGCACUCCAAAUGUAAAGCUGGUUCAGUGAGAGUGCGUGCUGCUUCUGCAGAGGACCCGAGUUCAGUUCCCAGCACUUAUAUCUGGCAGCUCACAACUGUGUGUAAUUCCAUGAACAACGGUGGCUCUCAGCCUUCCUGAUGCUGUAGCCCUUUAACACAGUUCCUCACGUCGUGCUGACCCCCAACCAUAACAUUAUUUUUGUUGCUACUUCAUAACAGUCAUUUUGCUGCUGUUAUGAAUCAUGAUGUAGACAUCUGAUUACAGUAUAUCUGAUAUGUAACUCAUGUGAAAGGGCCCUUUGACCCCCCUACCCACGCGCCCCACCCCCGAAGAGGUCACGACCCACAGGUUAAAAACUGCUGAACUUGCUUAUCCAGGGCUCACUUUCGUCCUUUGUAGGUACCCGCAUUCCUACGCAUUCAUAUACAUACAAACACACAUCCACCCAUCAAAUAUAAGUAAUUAAAAAUGAAAUUUCUUUUAAAUGUAAAAGAAAAACUGAAUAAGAAGACAUCUCACUAAACAGGAAAAUUAGGAAGGACUAUUAAGUCUAUAAAAGCAGGACUCAGAUGCUACACUUUGCAUUCACUGGUGGGCAUUUUCAUCUGGCUAGCUCAACUUUAUUCUUACCCCAGUUCCCUUUUUUCUCCUGUAAUAUUUUCAUAGUUUCUGCCACAUGUAUCUAGGUCUCUUAUAAAAGCAAUGUGAGGCUCAUUGGUUGUCAUCUUGAGAAUUCCAGUGAAGGCGAGUGUGGCUGUGGAAGAGUUGUGCCGACUGUCACCACCUGCAGCUUUCUUUCCUGUCUCCUCUUGGCCACCAAGGAGCAGUGAACUUUCUCCAGCCGUGAAUUCUGAUUUUCACUUUACACUGGAUGUUCUGGCCUGGUGACUCUGAGGUGACCCUUAUAUACACCAAAGGACUGAUCUUCAUGUUAGAGUACAUGUUUAGGAGCACCACGCCAGCGAAGUGUGUGGACAGAGCUGGGGUCCUUACGCUGAGUGUCACUCUUCAUCUCAGAAGGCCACUGUUACUCUGUCCUUAGGCUAUCACUCUUCAUCUCAGAAGACCACUGUUACUCUGUCCCUAUGCUGAGUGUCACUCUUUCAUCUCAGAAGACCACUGUUACUCUGUCUCUUAAGUUGCACUUUCUGAUGAAAAGUUAAACAUUUUAAGGAAAUAAAUGAAUAUUUUAGUGCCUAAGGUUCUCCCCCAUUAUAGUCACAGACUGAUUUUUUUUUUCUUUCAGUGUAUUUUGCAGGAAAAUCUUUGAAUGAGACUUUAGCCACAACCAAAAGGAAUAACCUUUACCUUCUCCCUCUCCCCUGGCACCUUUUGUGUUUACAUUUAAACAUCAUUUGCACCUUUUUCAAGGAAAAAAAUAAGUAUUUGGUAAACAAUUGUUUACAUGUAUCAUUUAUGCUUUUUUCUAGCAUGUAUAACUUUUUAAAAUAAAGGUAGUAUUUACCAUAAAAAUGUUUUAAUUUUUAAA